AUUCGAAAGGCUAGAGAGAGUAUUAGAGAAGAGGGGGAGAACUGAGAAGAGAAAAUGUCUCAGGGACAGGCGGAGGCAGAAAAGAAGCCAAACUCAACCCCGAACGCAGGCGGGGAACCUGGGGUUCACAUUAACCUCAAAGUCAAAGGACAGGAUGGUAAUGAAGUCUUCUUCAGGAUUAAAAGGAGCACUCAACUAAAGAAGCUAAUGAAUGCAUACUGUGACCGACAGUCUAUUGAAUUUACUUCAAUAGCUUUCCUGUUUGAUGGACGCCGUCUUCGAGCGGAGCAGACUCCAGAUGAACUAGAGAUGGAAGAUGGUGAUGAAAUAGAUGCAAUGCUUCAUCAAACUGGGGGAACUUAUAAUCAAUAUUUUUUUUCUAGCUGAAGAUAACUCUGUAUCACUGUGUGGGCGAAGUUUAGCUUAUUAUUGUUAUGCGUAGUGAAUUGCCUAGGAGUGGGUUGCUAUUUCAUUAAACAGGAUAUGGUUUGCUCAAGUGGUCUGAGCUCUUUUGCCUUAAGCUUAUGCCAAAUUUCUUUUGAAAGUAGUAGGAUCAACCUUUUGUUUUAUCAUCUACUACAAGAAUCUUAUAAGGUGCAGGAUCUUUUGAAGUCCUCUUGUACAAUACUGCGUUCUCCUUACCUACAUGUUUUUUAUAUGAUAAUUUUUUGCUUGUUA